AUGGGUUGCUCGGCCAGCGUGGUCCUGCUUCUGCGCUCAGUGGGUGAAGCCGAUUGUGGCCACAUGUGCUCACGACAGGAGCAAAUGUCAUUGGAUACAGCCACGCCCAUGUUAGAGGGCUACACGAGCAUCACCUCACCUGUGACCAUCAUUGUCAUGCAGGAGAAGCCGAAGCUGAUCGAUCCUCUCGACUAUGAGGCCGUCAUCGCCGAACUGUGGGACGAGCUGAAGGAAGACCCGCUCAGAGACCUGCUGCUUUUCCCAGAUAAUGAUUUCUCGGUGUCUGCAGUGCCUCAGGAGGGACGGACUCUCAAAUCAACAGUUCCCGAGGGGGCAGAACUACAGACUGAAUGUCUGCUGGUCAGACAGGCCUGUAAGUACUACAACUCUGAGCUAAAUGUAGUCCAAUUCAAGUAUGACGAUUACGCUGGAGACUACCGCCUGCUGCCCAGGAAAAUGUACAAAGCGGAAAAGCUGCCGUCUCAUUCUUUUGAGAUCGACUAUGAGGACAUGGACAAGGAUGAGGACACCACCUCCCUGUCAUCUUCCAAAGGAGGUGGUGGUGGUGGUGGCAGUGGAGGAGGAGGAGGGGGGAUUGGUGUGUUUCGGUCAGGUUGGCUUUAUAAAGGGAACUUUAACAGCACUGUCAACAACAGUAUCACUGUUCGGUCAUUUAAAAGGAGAUAUUUUCAGCUUACCCAGUUGACAGACAACUCCUAUAUCAUGAACUUUUACAAAGAUGAAAAAAUCUCCAAGGAACCGAAAGGGUGCAUCUUCCUUGAUUCCUGCACUGGUGUGGUGCAGAAUAACCGUCUAAGGAAGCAUGCCUUCGAGCUGAAGAUGAACGAGGUUACGUAUUUUGUUCUGGCUGCGGAGAGUGAACAGGACAUGGAGGAGUGGAUCAGCACGCUGACCCGCAUCUUACAGAUCAGUCCCCAUGAUGGACCAGUUCCAGACCGUAAAAGUGUGGACCUCACUGACCAUCGCCAGGAUGUGUUUGACCCGUCGUUGAGUGACACGUGUUUGCAGGAGAAUGAAGCAACGACAGAGAAUGGCAUCAAUCCAGAGUUAGCGAAGUAUAUCUCUGAGACGGAGGAGGGAAUUCGCUCUGCCAGGAGAGAAGAGAGGCUGAAUCUGUUCUCGCUCGACCCCGACACACCUGUGCUGAGGAGUCCACGGGCAGAAUGUAUGCCAGCAGAGAACGUGGCCGUGCGUCCGUUUGAGGAGAAACUGGGCCGAAGGUUUAUGAUAAGCUGCCGAUCCCUGAACCUCUUGUUGCAGGGCUGCGUUACAGAGACCGAAACUGGACCGGUCACUAAUAUUGAGCCUUUUUUUGUAACGGUGUGCCUACUGGAUGUACGUGAAGGACGAAAAGUAUCCGCCGACUUCCAUGUAGACCUUAACCAUGAGGCAGUGCGACAAAUGCUUGGAGUCUGCAGUAACGGGACUUGCGGUCCAGGGACGGGGAUUGGACUGGUCCAAGAGAAUGGCCUGUGCUCCCCUGCUGAGAGAAAGCCAGGAGACUGCCACCUCAGCCUGGAUCUGGAGCGCUGGCUGUGCUUCCCUAAACAAGCCAUCUUCUCAGUGACCAACCCUCACACAGACAUAGUGAUGGUGGCCAGGGUAGAAAAGGUGCUGAUGGGAAAUAUUGCUUGCGGGGCUGAGCCUUAUCUGAAGAAUACAGACUCCAGCAAGACUGUUCACAAGAUUCUGAAAUCCAACAAACAGUUCUGCAGUAAACUGGGAAAGUACCGCAUGCCAUUUGCCUGGUCAGUCAGGUCCGUAUUUAAGGACAACAGUGGUGCAUUGGAUCGGGAAUCCCGUUUCUCACCUCUUUUCAAACAGGAGAGCAACAAGAUUUCCACAGAAGACCUUAUUAAGCUGGUGUCUGAGUACAAGAGGGCUGAGAAGACCAGCAAACUGCAGACUAUUCCCGGAACUCUGGACAUCACUGUUGACUAUGUUCCCAUGGAGCACCCGAACUGCGUGACAUCAUCCUAUGUGCCGCUGAAGCCCUUUGAGGAGCUGAGCAAACACCCGCCCACAGUGGAGGUGGAGGUUGUCCAGGAUACCAUCAAGUUCACUCAGCCAUACCGCGUCUACAAGAACCACGUCUACGUCUACCCCAGACACCUCAAAUAUGACAGCCAGAAGAGCUUUGCCAAGGCCCGUAACCUCGCAGUUUAUGUGGCGUUCUGCAGCUCAGAUGAAGAAGUUACCAAACCGUUAAAGUGCAUCUAUGGCAAGCCAGGAGGUCCAGUAUUCACCACAGCAGCUUGUUCCACAGUCCUUCAUCACUCUCAGAACCCCGACUUCUACGAUGAGGUGAAGAUUGAGCUUCCUACACAGCUUCACGAAAAGCACCAUCUGCUUUUCUCCUUUUACCAUGUCUCCUGUGACAUCAAUGCUAAGACGAACGCCAAGCGGAAAGAGGCCCUGGAGACCCCAGUGGGGUAUUCUUGGUUGCCUCUCCUCAGAGAAGGUCGUCUAACAUCUCAGGAGUUCAACAUUCCCGUCUCCUCUAACCUGCCGUCUGGGUAUUUGGCCAUCAAGGAGGCCAGCAAUGCCAAGAAUGGAGCAGAUGUGAAAUGGGUAGAUGGAGGAAAAGCUAUCUUCAAAGUGUCCACCAAUGUCGUGUCCACAGUAUACACUCAGGACCCCCACCUGAACCGCUUCUUCCAGCAGUGCCAGAAGAGAGAGCUGGAUCUCUCUCCGCCUCCUACCUCCAACUUCCUUAACUGCCUGAAGGGUCUCCUCAGUAUGGAGAGAAUCCCAGUCAUCAUUUGUUUCCUGCCGGUGCUCUUCAACCAGCUAUUCAAGGUUCUGACUCAAAAUGACAACGAUGAGGUCACUACUGCCACCACCAGGGUGCUAGUUCACAUUGUCUCUAAGUGCCAUGAUGAAAACUUGGAUCACUACCUGCAGUCCUACAUAAAGUAUGUGUUCAAGUCAGAGGCUCACGGCUUCAGGACAGUCCAUGAGGAGUUGGCAAAGGGGAUGACCUUUGACCUGAAGAGCAAUGAGCAGACAGCAGUUAGGAACAUCCUGAAGUUCUCCUGGUUCUUCUUUGAGUUGAUUGUCAAAUCCAUGGCUCAACAUUUGGUCGACUGUGACAAGGUGAAGCUUCCUAGGCCUCAGCGUUUCCCCUCUUCCUAUCUGAGCCGAGUGGAGACCCUGGUGGAGACCGUAUCUGAUCACAUCUUCUGGAAGAACAAAGACCUGGCAGACGAGAUACGCAGUGCCAAUUUAGCUGUGGCAGCGUUUGUGAAGCGUUGCUUUACUCUGAUGGACAGAGGUUUCACCUUCAAACUGAUCAGCAACUACAUUAACAUGAUCACGGCUACUGACAGCAAGGUCUUAUGUGAGCUGAAAUUUGACUUUUUGAGGGAGGUGUGUAACCACGAACACUACAUCCCUCUCAGUCUGCCUUUGCCUUCUGCUCGCAUUACCGACCAUACAUCCCCAGAACUCCAAAAUUCUCAUGUGUCUGUGCCUGAGUACAACUUGACUGGAGAGUUCUGCAGGAAGCACUUCUUGACGGGCAUGCUGCUCCGCGAACUGGGUCUGGCGCUGCAGGACGAGCAGGACCUGAGACAUUUAGCCUUAGCCACCUUGAAGACGCUCAUGGCUAAACACUCUCUGGACUCUCGCUAUGCCACCAAGGAGAAACAGGCGAGGAUUGCAUCUCUCUAUUUGCCUCUUUAUGGACUGAUCCUUGACAACAUGCCUCGAUUCUUCCUCAGGGAUCUCUUCCCCAUCUACUUCACUUCUAGUGAUCAAGGCUCUCGUGAUGACCUCAGUGUAGGAGGGGGUGUGGCUGGAGGUGUGAUUUCUGUUACUCGUCAUGGGAACUCUGUGGAUGCCUCCUUUUCUAAAGAGGUGCUCAACUCCAUCACAGCCUUCUCGUCCUUGGCAGUUGCGUCGGGUAACCAGGCGGACUCUCGUGGUUCUCUGAUCAGUGUGGACUCCAAUCCGAGCAACAGUGACAGGAACAGCGAAAAGAUGGAUGGAUGUGAGAAGUUUGCUCGACCACAGUCCCUGAUAGGAUAUGGUUCACGCUGUGAUAAACUGGACCAGGCUGAGACCCGCAGCCUGCUCAUGUGCUUUCUGCAUAUUAUGAAAACCAUUUCUGAGGAUGUGCUGGUGUCCUACUGGAACAGAGCCAUUCAUCAGGAGAUCUCAGACUUCUUCAACAUCCUGGAACUUUGUCUUCAGCACUUCAGGUUUCUGGGAAAACGCCACAUAGCCAGGAAGCUGGCAGCCGCAGUAAAGCUGGCCCAGUCCACCCAGGCUAACGGCACCUUGAAGGGUUCCAACCAGAACCCCCACCCCUCCCAGUCCUCCACACCGUCCAGCCUCCUCCCACAGUGGAUGGCGUCAUCUGGAGGAGAAGGUCACCGACACGCCCGUUCCCAAACCAUGCCCAUCAUCAGGGGCAAGAACGCCCUCACCAACCCCAAGCUGCUGCAGAUGAUGGAGACGGAUGCAAAUGUUCAGGAUGGAGACGCACUGACGCCGACAAAUAUCGAAGCGAACCUGUCGACGGAGGUCGCCCUCACUGUGCUCGAUGUGCUGGAGCUGUUUGUGCACCAUCACAAGAAGCAGCUGUUGAUGGAUGAUGGACAGAACCCUUUGAUGAAGAAGGUGCUGGACACCUACUUGCUCUUCUUUCAGAUCAAUCAGUCAACGGCAACCCUACGUCACAUCUUCGCCGCACUCAGGCUCUUUGUACAAAAGUUCCCAAGCGCAUUCUUCCAGGGAACAGCAGACCUGUGUGGGUAUCUGUGCUCCGAGAUUCUCAAAUGCUGUAACCAUCGCUCCAGCUCCACGCAGACCGAGGCCGCUGCCCUGCUCUAUUUUUUCAUGAGAAAAAACUUUGAGUUUACGAAGGGAAAAUCUAUCGUCCGCUCGCACCUGCAGGUUAUCAAGGCAGUGAGUCAGCUGAUAGCCGAUGCCGGCAUCGGAGGCUCACGAUUUCAACAGUCCCUGGCCAUCAUCAAUAACUUUGCCAAUGGAGAUGCACCACUUAAGAACACUCCAUUCCCAGCAGAGGUGAAGGACCUGACUAAGCGGAUCAGGACGGUUCUGAUGGCCACAGCUCAAAUGAAGGAGCACGAGAAGGAUCCAGAGAUGCUGGUGGAUCUUCAGUACAGUCUGGCCAAUUCUUACGCCAGCACCCCUGAGCUUCGUCGCACCUGGCUGGAGAGCAUGGUGAAGGUCCACGUUCGCAAUGGCGAUCUCUCUGAGGCCGCCAUGUGUUACAUCCACAUCUCAGCGUUGAUUGCUGAAUCGCUGAAGAGGAGAGGCUAUUGGAGAGCUGACAAGGCCAGGAUGUCCACUGUGUCCACUGUGUCUUCAGAGGAAAGCCCUGUCUUUAACUGUAACUCCUUACUAACUACCUCCCGAGAUCAAGACACAUCGUUCUCUAUGGGCUGGGCGGCGUUUAUGUGCAUCAGUCCUAAUGUAAAGGAGGAGGGUGCCAUGAAGGAAGAUACGGGCACACAAGAUACACCAUAUACUGAGGACACUCUGGUGGAGCAGCUGGAGCUGUGUGUGGAUUAUCUGUGGAAAUCUGAGCGAUACGAGCUCAUCGCCGACAUCAACAAGCCCGUCAUUGCUGUCUUUGAAAAGAGGCGGGAUUUUAAGAGGCUCUCAGAGCUGUACUACGACAUCCAUCGGUCUUACCUGAAGGUGACUGAGGUGGUGAACUCAGAAAAGCGGCUGUUUGGUCGAUACUACCGCGUAGCUUUCUAUGGGCAGGGAUUCUUCGAGGAGGAGGAGAGCAAGGAAUUCAUCUAUAAAGAACCAAAGCUGACUGGGCUGUCGGAAAUCUCCCAGAGAUUACUCAAACUCUACUCAGACAAGUUUGGAGCUGAUAAUGUCAAGAUGAUUCAGGACUCCAACAAGGUGAAUCCCAAAGACCUGGACCCCAAAUAUGCCUACAUCCAGGUGACCUACGUGCUGCCCUACUUUGAUGAAAAGGAAAAACAGGACAAAAGAACAGAUUUUGAGCGACAUCACAACAUCAACCGAUUUGUGUUUGAGACACCUUUCACUCUGUUGGGGAAGAAACACGGAGACGUGGAGGAGCAGUGCAAAAGACGCACUAUUUUGACCACGAGUUCCAGUUUUCCGUACUUAAAGAAACGUAUCCAGGUGGUGGAGCAGCACAGCACCGAAAUGAACCCCAUCGAGGUUGCCAUCGAUGAGAUGUCCCGCAAGGUCUCUGAGCUCAAUCAGCUCUGCAACAUGGACGAGGUGGACAUGAUACGGCUGCAGCUCAAACUGCAGGGCAGUGUCAGCGUCAAGGUAAAUGCUGGUCCCAUGGCCUAUGCCAGAGCAUUUUUAGAAGAGAAGAAUGCCAAGAAAUAUCCAGACAACCAAGUCAAAUUGCUGAAGGAGAUCUUCAGGCAGUUUGCAGAAGCCUGCGGUCAGGCUUUAGAUGUUAAUGAGCGUCUGAUCAAGGAGGACCAGCUGGAGUACCAAGAGGAGAUGAGAGCUCAUUACAGGGACAUGCUGACUGAGCUGUCCGGUAUCAUGAACGAACAGAUUCCUCACACGAGACAACCAGGAACAGAACGGCACAGCACCUACUGACGGGCCAGACUCCCGGGGAAUUCUUGAUGUCGGGAAUGCCAUAUUUCCCCACAAAUCUCUGCCGAUUGUCAAUAUGAGGAAUAGAUUUUGCUGCAGCAGGAAGCAGUGGGGGCGAGUGAACCUGUGAGUGAAGGGAGGAAGCGUGUUGUAGACUGUGGUCGUGUUAGUCUAUAGUCCCAUCGUUAAAUGUUGACUAGGUUGCUGGACUUGUUAGCUACUGGGAUUUUUUUUUUUUUUUAGGAUUUUGGAUCCCGCUGCCGACAUCUUACAGACACACUGCAAUGUACAGACACGUGUGCACACACGUGCACGCCUUCUCUCCACAACCCUCGCCCUUUAGAGAGCGGCGACCUUAGUGAGCUCGAGGUGCGUUCACAAACUCUAUGGUGCAUUUUGACAUGUUUUUACAAGGUUUUUUUUUUUUAAAUAAACAAAAUUUAUUGUACAUUUCCCUACAAGUCUUGAAAGAUGUGACAAAAAAAAAAAAGACUUUGAAAUGUUUGAAUUUCUGACCCAAGAAUCUGACUGUUGAACGCGCCUCUAAGUCCAUGUUUGAAUGUAGGGCAGCUCCGAAUUGCUACUUUUUAUCCUCGCUAACAUUCUGUCACUUUUCAAAAGGGAAAAAAAGAAAAAAAGAUGUUUUUGUAACAUUUUUAUAAUUGAAACUGGUUGUUACUGUUCUUAUUUCCAGUACUGUUUGGAAGUGUAAAUAAGAAGUAUUAAUAUUUAAAAUGUUUGAAAUGUUUUUUAUAAAGUAUACAAUAUAUACAUAUUUGUUUAGCUGAAUUUAAAAAGAAAAACAAAAC